UUUUGUUACUAUAUACAAAUAAACUUCGGACUGAUCGCGCGACGGGUGCUGACGAGUUGCCGAAGGAGGCAUCAGCUCUAAUCGAGUCAGGUCUCGCGAAGGAAGUUUUGAGAUGGGAUGGUGCCAUCCGAGAUAUAAAAGACUGCGAGCCCGCCCCUGGGCACAGUCACCCAGCCAACAGCGUCUCGUUGCAGAGUUUCACCGCCCUCAACGAACGUGCGUCCGCUCAAGUCGAACCGCCGCGUAAAAACUCGUUUGUCCCGAUCCUGCAGGUACAACCGCCUCUCGGACUGUUCCCAAACCUCUCUUGGCGCGCGUAUACGCAAUCCACAGUAACAUAGAAGCCGCACAGGCCGUUGGGUUUCGCACACCCUUCUUUCCCGUCCUAUAUAAGCUCGCCGACCCGACGCCACACUAUCUCUCCCCAACAGUCUUGCCCCACAUUACGUCUCCAACCCCGCCACCCUUAUCAGUUCCACAAACACUUUUCGAGCUCACCGACAUGGAUCGCUUCCUCGCUCCCCACUCGCCCGAGGCCGUCGCCCACAGUCACCUCACUGAGAAUCUUUUUACAUGGGACACCGAGCACCCGUCCUUGAACGAGACCCUCAUCGCCGGCUGCGCGUCGUACCAAGCCAUUAGCCGCUACCUCAACGGUAGCGACCUCUAUCUCCUUCCACGGUCAAGAAACGAGCUUGAGAACGUCCUGUGGAGAUAUGCGUACGAUGCAAUUCACAAUACCAUCUCGCAGGCGCGUUCAGAGAUUUCAAAGGGCGGCUAUAGUCGCAUGUGUCACCUGGCCGAGUCGUCAGUCAAGAAGGUCCUCGACGAGAACGACAACACGGCAUACCUGCUCUCGCUUCACCGCCCACAACCAUGCGAAGACGAGCAGGAUUUGCCCGACCUCGGAGCGGCGCGGUUCGUCAGAAUCAAGUAGGCAUGUAACCUCCGUUUGCACCGCCACCCCGCUGUCUUUGUCCUCGCUCCGAUCUCGUUCGCACACCUUCUUGUCGUGCACUUCGCGUCCAUCGUCCCCAACAAUCACCUGCAAUCCCUUAAUCUAUAUCAGUAGUCCACACAACGCCCUUACCCCUUCAAUGUAAUAGUAGCUAGGCUCCACGAGGCAUGCGUGGUAUACCCCGGGGAAUGUGUAAUCAGUAUGCGAGUUCAUAAUCGAUGAUGACAUUGUUAUUCUCUGUCACCGGAGUGUCGCCGACUGGGACCGCCAGGGUAUUUGUGACGACGCACAGUACUGUGGUGGCUUACAAUUUUGAUGCGUUUGAUACAUGUUUCCGUCUGCGACACAGGGAUAUUUAGAAAGGCCGAUCCGCGAGUCUAGCCUCGUUCUCGACAAAUCUGCGACGCCGCCGACAUUCUCGACAUUGCGGUGCGCCAUAUGGGCACUGAACGACAGACACUUUGGCAUCCAAGACGCAGGUCACGAGUACUUCCAUCGAUCAGAAGAUGCCCCAGAGCUUCAGGGCAGCCUAAUAAACUUGUCAGCAACGUUGUGGACAUGAAGAACAGUCUGUAUUGAUUCGCGGCGGGCACACUAUCGACAGUACCGACGCUGGGAAGCACGCCACAGGCGGUGAUUAUCACAGCCACUCCAGGAUCAGUGAGAUGAUGAC